GAAACGGCAUCCAAUUGCCUUUGAAAACCCUAUAAUAUAAUGCACAAGCAAGAAGUGAAACGGAAAUUGAAGAAACAAAGUCAUGGAUUACUCCGCUCAAUACCAGUACCAACAGCCGGGGGUUUCUCAAUCUACCGAUCCUCCUCAAAUCCAAGCAUAUGCAUAUGAUCAAUCAACAUAUGGUCAAUACCAACAGGGAGCAUCUCGAUCUGCAGACCCUUCUCAAUUUCAUCAAGCAUAUGAUCAAUCAACAACACAAGCUUCUUACUAUGCAUCAUAUCAAUACAAUCAAGAUUACAAUCAACAACAAUACCCAUACUCCUAUUAUCCUCAACAAGACUAUUAUUCAAAUGCUGCCUAUCAACAACAACAGCCUGAACCCGAACCCGAACCCACUUCAAUUCACCCACCUGGGGUUCCAAUUCCACCACCGUCUUCUUCGGAUCCUUAUGCCUCCACACAGCAGCAGCAGCAACCCCAACCGCAGUAUUCGUAUUAUCCUCAACAACAGCAACAAGGAAUUAACUACGGCGAGGUCGCUACUGUGUCAAUGCCCAUUGUGUCCUACACACCUGCGAUUGUACAAUCCCCAUAUAGAGGUAGAGGUAAAAGGGGUGGCAGAUCAUAUAGAGGAGGUGCCCAUGGCCAUCUUGGUGGUGGGCAGCUACAACCUAGCUAUGACCAACCAAAUUCUUUUCAAGGAGCAUCACAGAUCCAAGGAGACCCAUCCCAAGUUAAACCUUCAUCAUCUGCCUCAGGUAAUUCAGGUUCUGUUCAGCCACCUCCGCGUAUGGCUUGGUGCGAACUCUGUAGGGUUGAAUGCAACACGACUGAAGUUCUUGAACAACAUAAGAAUGGAAAGAAACAUAAAAAGAACCUAAAAGCCAAUGGAGGGCAAGGUCACCAGACAGCAAAUUUCGACUUUAAGCCAAAUGUUUAUUACCAGCCUGAAGUUGGGGGGGCUGGGCAGCUGCCACAGGGGCAUUUGCCUUCUGAGGUAGUAACUGGAAACAGACAGUCGCAGCCCCAAGAGAAUUUUCCGUCUCAUGCUGCUAUAGAAGAUGGUAGUAUAACAGGGAAGCAAAAGGUUGAAGAGGCAGCUCUGGUGGAAGAAUUAGCAAGAGAUUUGGGGAUGGAUCGUGUUCAAGGUCAAGGGCGUGGACUCAAGCGCAUGCUAAAAGGCGGGCGAGACGGUAAAUUGAUGAAAUUGCAUAAUGGCUCAAGAAAACCUGUUGUGCCUCCUAAGCCCAAAAAAAUGGUUCCUUUAAUAUGUGAACUCUGUAAUGUGACGUGUGAAUCAGUAGUUGUUUUCCAAAGCCAUCUGGCAGGAAAGAAACACCUUUCAAAUGUGAAGGACUUCCAAGGCCAACAAGCAAUGGUUGGCCAAGCUGCUCUCCAAGCACUAUAUCCUGCUUUGCAAGCUCUUUACCCAGCACUUCAGGCACUAUACCAACCUAAUACUGGUGCAUCAACUUCCACGGCUCCUCAAGGUCAUCAGCCCAACCUUCUUGAAAUACUGGGGAUGUUGACUCAACAAGCCCUUUCUGCUAUACCUCAAGAUCAAGUAUUAGGUAUUGGAUUGCCUCCAUCUUCAGAUUUAGAGGCUCAAGACCACCAAGGUUCCAUAUUACAAGGUUCAGUAUCAGAAGAAACGAGAGAGAAUGUUGCUGCGGAGGAUGGAAGAAAUUGUGACCUUUCUGUUUUACAGAACUCUGGGUCUAAACCAGAAGAGAACACUGAUAUCAAACAUGAAAAUGUGAACUUACAUUUUGAUACAAAAAGUCAUGUCGGUUGAAGAACCAUUAAGGAAUGCUGCUAGCUAGACUGUGCUUUCUACACCAGGAGAAGUGGUUGCAUCUGUGUCAGUUUCAAAUAGUGAAUUAGUGUGAUCAGACUGCGCUGCCCAUUCUUGUUUAGAUGUGAAAUUGGUUGACCAGAAUCGUUAAUUCUUCAAUAAGCUAAUGAAGGCGGGCAAGACUGCAAGAGAGCUUAAUAGAUGUAGUUUAAGUUUCUCUUUUGGAGAAAGUGAACAACAUUGUGAAACAAAUAAGAAAUACUGCUUCUGGUGAGGCAGGAGGAGUAUCCUAGAAUAAUAUAGUUGAAGCGGUGUUGUUCAUUCCUUUUCCUGACUCUUGCCAUAAAUGAAGAUCUAAAAACAUUCUGAACCUUUUCAGCCAACCAUUACAUUUCGUAUGAUGGCUUUGGAUUCGUAACUAGGGCGUGAAGUCUUGCAUUUCUUGUUUUUCUAUUGAUUUUGGGAUGUUGAUUUAUAGUUUCAUGUCAUCAGGAUCUCCAUUCUUUAGAAGUCA